AUGUGCGGCAGCGUCUCCGAGCUGCGGCGGCGGCUGCGGCCCGUGGACGUCUCGCUGCCAGCACGCGGCUCGCCGGUCGUCGACUGCCAACGCAGCGACGCCUACUCCGUGGCGUUGACUCACAAGAAGGCGCCGCCGGAGCUCUGGAGCACCACCGCCCUCUGCGGCUACGACCCGGAAAGGUCGUCCGGCGGGGGCUGCGCCGAGGAGGCCCAAACGACGGUGGGCGGCGACACGCUGUUCGCCAGGGAGGAGACUGAGAGCACGGUGGAAGCAGGCGCGGACGAAGCUUGGAACCACUCCAUCGUCCUCUUCUUGCCUGACGCCAAGGGUCAGCCGGACGAUCCCUUCCACGGCGCGCUCUUCGAGGUGGCCGCCCAGGAGAUCGCGAGGUUCCCCGACGUCGACUGCCGCCACGUCGAGUGGCCGAGCGCGGGCCUGGCCACCGACGGUGCCGUCGCCUGCGUGCUCCUCGCCCUGCGGGAGGCCGUCGCGGAGGUGCAGGCGCGGACGGACCCCGACUUGUGCCCGGAGCGCUUCCAGGUCUUCUUGGUCGGGCACUCCUUCGGAGGCGGCGUGGCGAUGCAGGCGGCGUGCGACCUGCCCUGGCUCUUCCAGAGCGCGGGCGGGCCCUCGGUCUCGGUCGCGGGCGUGUGCACGAUCAACACGUCGGCGCACCAGGAUGCAAAGUUCCUCAGGCUGGAUCGCCUGCAGAACGCCCGCGCGCUGCUGAUCGCGAGUGGCCAAGGCGGCCCCGCCAGCCCCGGCGCCGCAGAGGACCUCGAGGCGUCCCGGGAGCUGUUCGCGCUGCUCCCAGCGACCCGGAAAGAGAUGGUCACGUAUUGCCACAGCAAACGCCGCGACAACAUGGUGGUGCGGCUGGUGGAGUUUGUGACCCGCGGCAUCGUUGGCAGCGACUGA